AGAAAGCAAGUAGAAAAACAAAGAUGAAAUCAGCAACAACACUGUUCACCACUAAACAUUUCAUUUUCAGCCCCAAAUUCAUCAUUCCUCAUCACCAUCUUCAUCAAUCUCUGCAAUUAUUUCCCUCAAAACCUAACAAUUUCAACAAACAGUUCUUCAAAUUCAACAAUUCAACCCGAUCAACAGCAACAAUGUCAGCUCUAGCAUUUAAACCUGAACAAGCACGAUCACCGCCUGCUCUCCCUCUACCUACUCCUCUUAUCUCCAAGUUCAAAAUCGGCCUCUGUCAAUUACGCGUUACACCGGACAAAAUCAAAAACAUCGCUCACGCUCGCUCUGCUAUCGAAGAAGCCGCCGGAAAAGGCGCUAAGCUUGUUCUCUUACCUGAAAUAUGGAAUAGUCCGUACUCGAAUGAUAGUUUUCCAGUUUAUGCUGAGGAUAUAGAUGCAGGCUACGAUGCCUCUCCUUCGACAGCUAUGCUUUCGGAAGUAGCUCGUGUUUUGAACAUUACUAUAGUUGGUGGUUCUAUUCCUGAACGUUCUGGUGAUCGGUUGUUUAAUACUUGUUGUGUUUUUGACACUAAAGGAAAAUUGAUUGCUAAGCACCGUAAGAUACAUCUUUUUGAUAUUGAUAUUCCGGGGAAGAUUACAUUUAUUGAGUCCAAGACUUUAACUGCUGGGGAGACUCCUACAAUUGUCGACACAGAAGUUGGUCGUAUUGGUAUUGGUAUCUGUUAUGACAUCAGGUUUCAGGAACUGGCAAUGAUAUAUGCUUCAAGAGGUGCUCACUUAAUUUGCUACCCCGGGGCAUUUAACAUGACAACUGGACCUUUACACUGGGAGUUGCUGCAGAGAGCAAGGGCAGCAGAUAAUCAAUUGUAUGUAGCAACUUGUUCGCCUGCUCGAGAGGUUGGAGCUGGUUAUGUGGCCUGGGGCCAUUCCACGCUAGUAGGACCGUUCGGAGAAAUUCUAGCUACUACCGAGCAUGAGCAGGAUAUUAUCAUAGCAGAGAUUGAUUAUUCCUUGAUUGAACUUAGAAGGACGAACCUUCCGUUGACAAAGCAACGGCGUGGUGAUCUGUACCAGUUGGUGGACAUUCAGAGGCUGAACUCUCACUCAUGAUCACAUUUCUGCAAAAGAAAGUAGUUAACUGAAAUAGUAAUGAUCUGUUGGAAAUAUCAGCUAUGUUGUGUAAGAUUGUCUUAUGUAAUAAAAGUGGAAUUUUAUUGCCAGAGCUCAUAAUUGCUGAGUACAUGUACUUAAUUUUGGUGCUUCAACCAACAAAGCUUCAUGCCUUA